AUGGCGGAGCUAUGGGCAGCCCUGCCUCGGCAACUGCGGCUUCUUUUCGGGGAAGCCGACGGCGGCAUGCCCUGCUGCGACAUCCUGGCAAACCUUUUCGAGGACGAACCAGACCUGGCACAUAUGCUGCGAGCAUCGGGUUUCGGCUCUGAGCCCGAGCUGCUGGCUCACGCAAGCCGGACUUUGGCGGCCCUGAAAUCCGCGGCCGUGCUGGAAGCGUCCCGACUCCACAAGCGCAGAGUUCUGGUCCCCUUGCCAACUCAAGGCAUGUUGGUGCGAGCCAGCAAGCUCCGCCGGCUUCAAAUGCCAGACACAGCAUUCACAACAGCGUGGCUGCGACAGGCUGGCGCAAUCAAGCGGCGGGGAGCAUGGCCCACAAGGCGCUCCCGGCAGUUGGCGUCGGCUCGCGAUGGGGUUAGUGGGCCAGGCAAGCGACUUCGCUAUCUUCCAAUCUUCGUCAGCUGUCACGCGUUCCUUGCAGUGCCCAACUGGCUGAGCGUUGGCUGGGAGAUCUGGAAUCGCGAGAGCAUGUCCUUUUCGCGUGAUUAUUUCCUGCCUCUGCCGAACGGUGAUCGCUCGGGCGUGCGGCAGACGAUGGCAGACUAUCCCCAGACAGUGGCCUUGACCAAAUCUGUUUGGCGGUUGCUCCGCGUGCCAAUCAAAAUGGACGGCCAAUGGGCGCUCGCGGAAGAGUUUCUGUUCGACGCAGAGGAGUGCCUGCGUUUCUGGAGCGAGCACUCGGAGCGUAACUGGCUGGUGUCCCUACUCGCCAGUGUAGGUGUGCCACGUGAACAGAGAGACUUUGUGGGGCGCUGGCAUGCUGCGUCAUCCUCCGACGAGUACAUACGCACUGCUAAGCAGAUCGUUUUGCAACUGCAAAAGGCAGCUGUGCGUGGCCUGGCUGAGAACGCCGAGUUAUGCCGUGCGGGUGUUGACGACUUACUCGACUUCCUGCAGUCGCAAGGGUAUGCCGAUGGUGUAAGGCAGGCCCAGGAGCAGAAGCUCUUGCUCACCCUGACUGAAGUAACAACACCGCCGCAGCCGGACAACGUGGCCGGCGCUCCGAGCGAUCCGCCAUUGCCCGCCAUUCCUGAAGCUGACGCAGCUGCACAUCCGACUGCUGAUGAAGAGGCUCCAUACUACAUUUCCGUGGUCGGCAAGAGACGUUUCCGCCGCCUGCACCGAAAGGGCGGUUGUGGCACAGUUCCUGGUGGCCUGCGCGAGAUGAUCCCCUUGCAGCACCUGAGGGGAGCGGAAUACGAUUUUGCCUGCAAGCAUUGCUGGCGUCGGGGCAAAGCCCCGGAUGAGGCUGCUGGGCUAUCCGAGGGCAGCAGUAGCGAAGGAAGCUCAUCUAGCAGUUCGAGCAGCGGAUCUGCUACGGAAGCGGAGUCGGAUGGCGAAGCAUCCUUUUUUGCUCUCGUGUCGCAUGUUCAUCUCUUUUAUGCGUACUGGCCUGCUUUCCGGCACAUGGCGGGAAUCGACGAUGCAGCUAUCUUGGACAAGGUGGAAUGCGAGCUGAAGUACCAGAUGGACGAAGCGGGUGUCCCUCUGCCGAUCCAGCUGAUGGCCUACCGCAAGGGGUUUGAUUGCAUCCGCGUCUUUGCCGGCAUCGAUGAAACAAAGGCCGAAGUGCGGAAGGCUCUCAAAGAUGAGCUGCCACUAGAUUAUUCCGCAGAUGCUGAGUCCCGGCGCAACAUGGCGCUGCUCUUGGCAGUUUGGGAUGCCUGUCGUCUGCACCUUGCUGUGCAGGAGAAAAACAAGACGGACGCAAAAAUGGGCGUGCAAGCUCGCAAUGUGCCUUCCACUGAGCACGCAGCCAUGAGGAUUGCAGUGGAGAAGCUCUACGGCAAGCUCAAGGACAAGGAGCUGCCCAGCAAGACGUUCCUAGCACAGAAACUGGAACAAGUCGAAGACAAUGCCCCGCAGGCCGAGGACCUUCGUGACGUGACGAGUCUAGAGGACGCCGAGAUGGAGGCCUACAAUGCCCUGAUCGAUCCGUCCACUUUCACGCUCCGCAUCAAGCCAGGGCGCACGACGACCACCCUGCCAGCCACUCCCGAGGAGUUACGCAUGCGGCACAGGCGGCUUGGUUUCGCAUGGGAAAUGGUGAAAACAAAGCACCUAUCUCGGUCUUGGUUGCCCGACCGCUGCGUGGAUGCUUUCCGGGAGCUGUCGGACCACGUGCUUGGCUCACAUGUUGCCGGGCUUCGAGCACCGGGCGGUCACUCACCUGCCUGGAGCAUGGUUCUUGUCUACGAGGGAGAGUUGCGGAAAGCGGCCUAUCGCUAUGUUCGCGAUGGGACCUCGCCUGAUCUACACGAAGCGCUGAAGCGCGCCUGCAACGCGCCUGAGAUCAUGAGCACGUUCUUCGUCGUGCCCUUCACCUUGGCGGGGUCCGAGCGAUCCGGCAGCAUGGAGUCCACUUCCCUGGCGCUGCCCCCGCCGGAGUCCUGGUGGCAACGCGGCACUGCAAAAGGCAAGGGGAAGGGCAAAGUCAACCAGGUCAAGAAGCUCAUCGGCAAGUCCUAUCGCACCCCGGAUAACAAGUGGGGGGAAAGAGUCACGGGUCUGGCCUGGGAAAUGAAGCCUGUGGAGCCGGCCCCCAGUGUCAGCGACAGCGACAGUGACAGUCCAGCAGCGGCAUCAGAGCACAAUGGGUUUGGUGCGUGUGAGAUAGGCGACAUGGCAUUGCAACGCGUGCAACAAGAAGUCGUGGGAAGCGAGUCGCAUGUUGGGAGUCAGCUUGGCGAUGGACUAUGGGGUCACGGUGCACCGUUGCCAUCCGUUCUGCUUGGGAAGCGGCGAGACUUCGCGGAUGGGUUUGGCCUCUGCUCGCCUGGAAGAUGGCCACCCAAGAUGCGGAGAUCUUCUGUGGACACGCCUUCUCUGGGCUUUGCGGAGCGGCUGGCUGUCGAGCUGCUGAAGCUGCUGAGUGCCAGCGUAGAUAUUCGGCGCCUAGCUAUGAAGCUUGCUGCAGGGAAGGUCGCGGAGUGUCCCUUCAGCGAGGAGUUGGUGAAUGAGGGCCGGGAGCUCCUCUUUCUGGCUUUGGAGAUGGCGGGCACAGAGCUGCCCGUGCGCGAAAGGUUGCAGAACGCUGAAGCUGAUGCAUUGACAAAUGGGAACUUCGCGGCAUUCAGUCAAGAUCGGCGCCUGCGUUUUGACCUGGCGAGUUUCAAGGGUCUGAUCCUGCAAGACAUGCUGGAGCAAGGCUUAGAGCUCUAUCAGGAAGUCCGCGAGUGCAGAGCCGCUAAGCGGAUGAAGAUGGCCGGUCGUCUCCUGGUGCCCUCCCUGCUGGCCGGCGUCGCGGCCGUCGCGGCCCUGGUCGCUGUGAUGGCCUGCUUACGAGAUCAGAAAGCAAAAGGAGCGAAAGGUGCCAUCAACCGGCCACCCUGUCCUCUCGAGUCUCCUGCGAGCAGCGGGCGCAUUUCCAUCCAGGCCCAGAUUGGGGUUAAGGCGCUGCGUGAUGCAACCCUGCGCAUGAUGGAGAUCGGAUGCAUGAUUUGCCUGGAUGUAGACAGGGAGGACGGGGUACUGCACCAGUUGCCAGAUGCAGAGGGCACCCAUCGUGCAGCGGAUCUAAGACUCCUGCAAGCCAAGCUGGUUACAGCCUACGAGCUCGAAGUUGCCUCUGUCUCGAUCACUCCGAACCGAGUUCCCAGCCGUGGCGAGGUCAGAAAUGACACUGGGCAGAAGUCCUGCGGGUCAAAUUGCGACACGCCGCGGAGCUUCAAAAUUCCGCGCGUAUCGUCCAAAGCCGGGCAAAUGCACAGGAAGUCACCGACAGACCCAGGACCGGACGGUUGCGGUCAAGACAGCAUGUCGAGCAUCAUCUUCACGAAGCCUGGCCCGACCGCAAGCCAAGAAACAUCGACCUUCCCACAGACCGACCCGAACGAGGACCAGCUGGCUUUUCCGGUUCAGCCAAAGCUCGUCUCACUGUCAGAGCGUAUGCUGUCCAAAGCGAGCAAGAAGCACACCGAGAGUGUUUCACAGUCGGACAGGGGAACGCGAGUAACCAACGUUGCAUCUCUCAAUGACGUGCAUAAGCGACGAUGUAUUCUGCAGCCAACGUCCUGGAUCCGAUUGUGCUGGGACGCUUUGGCUUUGCUCGUCCUGAUGCAAGACAUGAUCUUCACGCCUCUGCAGGUCUUCGAUGCCGAAUACCUAUUGCAGGGACAGCUCUUGCAGAGGCUGAGGCGGGCUGUCUCCGAUUUAUUUUGGCUGGCUGACAUUGGAAUGAAUUUCUGCACAGCUAUUCAUGUUGACGGCGUCCUGGUCCAGGAUCGCAUAGGCAUCGCCCGUGCCUACGCCAAGUCGUGGCUGGCCUUCGACGUGCUGAUCCUGGCUGCGGAGAUUCCGACCAUCUUCCUCCCACACGAGCUUGGCAUAGGCAUCAUUCGCAUCAUCCGUGUGGGCCGAGUGGACCGCGUCCUUCGCUGCCUUCGGCUUCUGCGCCUGCUUAAGCUGCAGAAGAUUCUCGACACCCUGCCACUGGUUGUCGCUUUGAGCACAUCCUUACAGCAUGCCCUCGACGUGGGAAAGUAUCUGCUACUGGCGAUGUACAUGGGGCACGUGCUUGCAUGUCUUUGGUACUUCAUGGGCAACGUCCCCGAUGGUUGGGUGGCUGACGAAGGACUACUUGGCUCUUCGUUGGCCAGCAAGUAUGGGGCGUCGUUACAGCUUGCGCUCUCAAGACUUCCCGCUUCGGCUAUGCGCUGGAAUAUGGAGUUGCAAACGGAUGGCGAACGCGGAUUGGCCAUCUUCGCGACCUUCAUGGCACUGGCCUUGUCUUCCGUCUUUGUCAGCAAAAUGACGAACGUUAUGGCAGCCUGGCAAAAAAACAGACAGCGAAGGAAGCAGGUGCUCCAAUCGGUGCGAGAUUAUUGUGCAGCACAUAGGGUCGACUUCGCGUAUGUGCUGAGCAUGCGCAAGUACGUGGAACGCGAGCAUCUCCGAAAGACAGCACAGGAGGCCCAUUCAGCACUAUUGGAUACUUUCCCGAAGGAGAUGCUUGAGAACCUCUUUCAUGAAUCACGAAAGCAUUUCUUGGAAUACCAUCAAUUCCUGUGGGGCCUAUGCACGGCAGAUGCAUUCCUGGAGUUCAGCAUUUGCUGCAAAGCCAUGACGGAGCAGUACAGACUGCGCCACGACUGCAUUUUCAAUCCCAGAGAAGCUGCAAACGGGAUGCACAUCGUGACGACUGCUCUUUGUGCCUACACCGUCCAGAGCAUGCCAGUGAUGCCGCGUUAUGGAACAAAUCCAGGCUCAGUUGCCCAAAUCGCAGAGAGGUGCUGCUGUUUGCACCGCUGUAUGGGGAAUAAGCAGGAGACAGAAAUCCAAGAGGAUGUCACCAGAAUGAGCAUGGGUGAGUACCUGAGUGAGCAUGCGCUUUGGGUCGCAGGCUGGACUCAUCGUGGCAGACUUCAGGCGACCGCGGACGGAUGGAUGAUGACAUUGCUCUCAAGCGAGUUGACAGAAACUAUGCGGGCACAUCCGCGUGCGAUAGCGGAUGUCCUUCAGUACGCACGGAACUAUGCCCAGGUCAUCAACAACUGUGUUGAUAUGUGCGAUGACAAGUUGACAGAUCUUCCUCUCUGCACUGGCUCGGAGCCGUUGGAGGGGUCGCGGAGUGUGAAACCCCGACGCCCUCGUCUCAGCUCUGUUGCCCCAAGCUGA